AUGAACUUAAGAAAAUGGGCAUCAAAUUCACAGCAAUUUUUAAAAUGCAUUCCCAAGGAAGACCAGGCGAAUAGAGAAAAAUUAAAGGUUCUUGGAUUAACUUGGACAAUAAAAGAUGAUACAUUGACGGUGAACAGUGCAAGAAAUGAUAACAUGUUUCCAACCACCAAAAGAGAAGUAUUACAGAGAGUGGCUUCUGUGUUUGAUCCACUUGGAUUUUUUACACCAGUGACUUUAAGAACCAAGCUUUUCCUCCAAAUGUUGUGGAACAAGGAAAUGGAAUGGGAUGAACAACUGACAGAGAAAGAUAUUCAGCAAUGGAAAGAAAUCUCUUUUGAUUUAGAUGAGAUUCAGGAAUAUCAUAUUCCUAGAGCUAUUGGGCUACCAGGUACAGUAACGUUCAGAUUACUAUGCUUUUGCGAUGCUUCAACCAAAGCAUAUGCUUCUGCUGUUUAUCUACAUCAACUCAGGGAAGACAACUUAUGUAAAAUUGAUUUACUGUUUUCCAAGACACGCCUGGUACCAAAUAAGAAAAUAACUUUACCACGACUUGAGUUAUUAGCAGUUGUCAUUGGUGUCCGUUGCAUUGACUUUGUUAAGAAGCAAUUAAAACUUCCUAUCUGUGAGACAAUUUUGUGGACAGAUUCUCAAUGUGUUUUACACUGGAUAGGAUCGAAAAAAACUCUAGCAACAUUUGUUGAUAAUAGAAUAAAGGAGAUUAGGCAGCAACACGACAUUCAAUUUCAGUACGUCUAUACGAAGGAAAAUCCAGCUGAUAUUGCAAGCAGAGGCACAACAGUAUCACUAUUAAAAGAAAACAGCCAAUGGUGGCAUGGUCCCUCUUGGUUAACAAAACACAGAACUGAGUGGCCUAGAUGGGAUCCUCACAAUAUAAGUGUUGACAAUCAAAAUUCGAUUGAAGCAGAAUACAAGGUAUCUAAAGUAUUACAUGAAGCAAAAUUGCUUGCUGGAGAGGGUCCUGACGGAGAAACAAACAGUGUUAGAAAUUCGAAAUCUAGUGUUGGGUAUCUGUUAGACAUUGAUUGUAGCAGAUUUUCCUCAUUUAUCCGCUUGAUCAGAGUAUCAGCUUGGGUAUUGAGAUUUAUUAAACGGUUAAAUAAAGAGACGAUAUCUGGUCCUCUAACAGCUGCAGAGCUAGAACACGCAAAGUUAUUGUGGAUAAAAUCUGUUCAAAAACAAUGUUUUGGUGAAGUGAUGCUAGCAAUUAAAGAAAAUAAAAGACACAACUUAGAAAGUCAGUUUGGACUCAUUUUAGACCAGGAAAAUGCGAUCAGGUGUAUUGGUAGAUUAGGAGCUGCUCAACUGUCAGAAGGGGCAAAAACACCAAUAUUACUUCCAAAGAAAAACAAAGUUACUGAACUGUUAAUUGAAAGCAUGCACAGAAAAAACUUUCAUGUUGGUGUCUCACAAACUUUAUCAGCGAUGCGUCAAACAUACUGGAUUCCACAAGGACGUUCAGAAGUAAAAAGAGUUUUGAGAAAAUGUACAAUCUGCAAACGGUGUGAAGGCGGACCAUAUAAAAUGCCAUUAAUGCCUCCACUUCCAAAGAAACGAGUAAACGAGUCAGCCCCAUUUACAUAUACAGGAGUAGACUAUUUUGGACCAUUUUUUGUGAAAUCAGACACUGGAAGCAAAACAGUAUGGGUUUGCUUAUAUACAUGUCUAGUGGUUAGAGCCAUACAUAUGAAAUUAAUGCAAGACAUGUCAGCAGAGGAGUUCUUACUAGGCUUUCGAAGGUUCAUUGCUCGCUGGGGUAACCCAAAACAAAUUAUUUCAGAUAACGGAUCCCAGUUCAAGUUAGCUAGCAAUACCUUAGAAGAAGCAUGGAAUGAUGUAACAGUGAAUUCAGAUAUGCAAACAUACAUGGCAAAUGAAGGAAUUCAGUGGCAAUUCAUUGUUGAGUUAGCACCUUGGAUGGGUGGAUUUUAUGAAAAAUUAAUUGGUAUUGUAAAAAGAUGUUUACGGAAAACAAUUGGAAAGUUAUGUCUAACAAAUGAACAAUUUAGAACUCUCUUAGCUGAAUCUGAAGCAGUGGUGAAUUCAAGACCACUGGUAUAUAUUGGAGAUGACAUAAAUUCUAAUAUUAUUCUUACACCAGCAAACUUUCUAACUCUGAACCCUAAAACAGGAUUUCCAGAUCAAAACGAAGAAGAUUCUACAGAUCCAGAAUACUUACCGCAAAUCAGUAGUGCUAAAAAAUUGCUAUUGACAUGGAAGAAAGGACAGAAACAUCUAAAUAUGUUUUGGAAAACAUGGAGAGAUGAGUAUCUCCUUAGCCUACGUGAAAGAACUGCCAACAAACUAAGGAGUGGAAGAAUUCAGAGCAAAACUCCAGCUAAGGUUGGUGAUAUAGUGUUAAUUAAGGAAAACCUUCCACGAGGAAGUUGGAAAAUUGGCCGUAUAUGUCAAUUAGUAGUCGAGAUGGACAAAUAA